AGAACCACGAAUUAGUAAAUUUGAUCCACAUUAUGUAGGGCCAUAUGAGAUCAUUAAUGUAACAGAUAUGAACAACCAACUGAGAGGGACACCAGUCGCAUCGAGCUGCUGAUGAACUUGACGGCCCGCCUGUGCAUGCGCAGCACUUGCUACAGAUUAGACGUUGGCAUUGUCUGUAUGCAGUGUGCUCUCGAAGCAGCCCUUGGAGCAGCAAGGAUCUAUGACAUGGUGGAGGCCGCCUACCACUGCGAGGAGUGUAUUGCCGCCAUCAUCAUGGAAAUGGAAUACCAAAGAGCAAACCAACCCAUACCACCGCCUGCAAUAGUACCAACCUGGUACACCGAGAGACAAAUCCGAUCGAGGCAGCCUGGACCCAGACGUACGCUUCGACUUCAUACCGCAGUUAGCAGCAUCACCAACCAUCACACGUAGCGAUAAGUACACACACAUCACACAUAACACCCGACAUAUUGCAUUACAACACCAAAACUUCAACACAUUCUAGUGAGUGUUUUCCUUUCCAAUUGAAAGCAUCACGAUUACCGCGAUGUUUCAUCUAAGGGGGGAGGUGUCACGUAGACAGACCGUUUUUAUCAAACGUGUCUCCUUUCAAAUAAGCUUAAACAUCUGGAAAGGAAAACUCUCGGGCAAACCGACCAUUUACUCUCGUAAUAAACAGAAGGCCCACCGAUA